AUGUCAAGUUUACAACCUUUGUUUAAAGAUAUUAAACUAUACUUCGAAGAAACUCCUUUUGAAGAAUGGUCACAUCUUCAUUUCUUAGAGACCUUCAAGCCCGUUAUCCUUUCAAAUUUAGAAUCAACAAAGAGACAAGAUAAAGGCACGUGGCUCAGAAGAUUUAAAGAAUGUUUGGAAAAAAUUUCUGCUGACGAAGCAUAUAGCAAUCAAGAGAGGAAUUAUGCAACGCAUUUAAGUAAUGAGAAACCAUCAUCAUUUGUAGAUAUUUUUUUUGAUGCAAUUGAAAGGGAAAAACAAAUCUUAUAUGCGAGGCAAGAGGCAGAUAAUAAGACAGACAUAGUUUGCCAAAAUACAAUAAUAGAUGCUCUUCACCUGCUUGAAACAGUAUGUAAAGAACGAACAGAGGCAAUAGCAAAUUCAUUAAAACAAAAGUCAGAUGGUUCUGAUAAAUACAAUAUUGUGAAUAUCACCGAGAUGGAAGUUAAGAUAUGUAUUGAAAGUCAACAGAUUUACCUGCUCACUAAGCAUUUUAUUGAGUUUUCAACGUUGGAUGCUAAAGAGCUAUUUGAUAACAUAGCUCGUGGUAUUAAUAUAACAAUAAGUCUUCCUGACAACAUUAAACAAUAUUUUGAGAAAUUACUUUCAGGUGAUAUUAUAAAUGCGUUAAGCAAGCUGGAUCAAUCACUUGUUGAUAAUUCAACUUUUAAUGAUAGGGCUUAUUAUAUCAAUUAUAAUCAAAAACCAUCUAAUAGUGGAUGUGUUCCUAAGAAUGAUGCAGCUGUAUAUCAGAAUAAUUUAGCAAUCAUUUUAUACAAACAAUCUUAUAGUUCAAAAGAAUACACUUUGUUACACUAUUUAGGAGAUUUUUCUAAGCUUGCAUAUAAUAGCUUGGAUGACUUGAAUUACAAUUUUACACAAUAUAGUAAUUGUAACACUGCUACUACAAAAGCUUUUAAAUCUAGUUUAUUUGAUAUUGCCAAAUUUGGCGCUCUUUUAGAGAACCUUCUUAUUAAUUGGCAAGAUAUAAAAAAAAAAAUGGCAAAGAAAAAUGUUUUAAAUAAUAAUGAUACUAUUAGUAUACAAAAUUGGAUGUGUAUACCAAAAAAUACUUCAAAGAA